AGAUCGUGUCCAAAAAAACAAGAAGAGAGAGAGAGAGAAAAACGAAAGCAAAAACAAAAAAAGAAAAGGGAAAAGAAAUAGAGCUUCGUCUCUCCCCUCCCAAACCCCCCGCUUACCAUCUCCUUCCUCCCUCUGUUGCAUAGGUGGUUCGCCGCAGAUCUCAACCCUCCUCCGCCGUCGCCGCCGUCAAUUAACACUCCGGCCGCCUCUCUAUCUCUCUCAUCGCCCAUCGCCUUCUCCUUUUGUAUCCUCUCGGUGGUUCAAAACCCUAAUUCUCUCCGUCGAUGGACCGGAGUUCGAGAUUUCAGAACCCUGUGCAUCUGAGCAGCGGGGGUUUUAGCAAGCCUCCACCAAUCCAGAACGACGGCGUUGGGAUGAAGCCACUUCCGCCCUUGCUUCUCGAUAGAUUUAGGGCCAUGGUGAAAGAGAGAGAGGAAGAACUUAGGGUUUUUGGUGGCGCCGCUGUUUAUCCGUUGAGCACUGACGAAAUUGUUCGCCUUUAUGAGAUUGUGUUGUCGGAGCUCACUAUCAAUUCGAAGCCCAUCAUCACUGAUCUCACUAUAAUUGCCGGAGAGCAGCGGGCGCACGGCGAGGGCAUUGCUGGUGCCAUUUGUUCGCGGAUUAUUGAGGUUCCUGUUGAUCAUAAACUGCCUUCUUUGUACCUUUUGGAUAGCAUCGUGAAGAACAUAGGCAAGGAAUACAUUAAAUUCUUCUCUGCUCGCUUACCUGAGGUUUUCUGUGAGGCUUACACACAAGUCCACCCCAGUAUGCACCAAGCAAUGCGCCAUCUGUUUGGUACGUGGUCAACGGUAUUCCCAUUGUCAGUGCUUCAGAAGAUUGAGACACAGUUGCAGUUUUCUCCUCCUGUAAAUGGUCAGUCUUCUGGAUUGAGCUCUUCAAGAGCUUCUGAAUCUCCUCGACCAACACAUGGGAUACACAUAAACCCGAAGUAUUUGGAAGCACAGCGUCAGUUUGGACAAUCAUCACCAGACCCUUUUGGAACUGAAGGAGUGAGCUCAACUGGUCGUGCAGGCCUUACAACUUCUGGUGCCGAUGCUGUAAAAAAGUCUCUGCCAUCUGCUUCUAGGAUAACAAGGUCAUCCCCUCCUUAUGGACUUGGGCCUGCAGGAUCAUCAUCACCUGCUGGUCCUUCACUUGAGGAGUUUGGCAUGGAUAGUUCCACAAAGAGACUCGCUGUUAGGCAGUCACCAUCUCAUCCUGGUACUGAUUAUGGGCCAAGCAAAGUGAUGAGCAGAGAGGAGGAGACAAGUGAGUGGCGGAAAAGAAAUUUGCAGGGCAAUCCCAAACCACAGCUUAAAGCAUCAGCAGCUGCUGCGUACAAAUAUAACAGUGCUAUUGAUCUUCGAGGACCGAGAGCAUUGAUUAGUGCAUAUGGAAUGGAUGAACGAGAAAAACAUUUGAACCAUAAACACCAUAAAGCUGAGGAGUUGGACUCAAAUGGUGCUGAGCAAAAGAUAGGUAUCAGGACAUGGCAAAACACUGAAGAGGAAGAAUUUGAUUGGGAAGACAUGACCCCAUGUUUAGGAGAUCGGAAGCAGUCUACUGAUACUUAUUCAUCUCUUCCACCUCUAGGUAACUUGCCUGGAAGACAGAGUGCUGUUGCAAACCAUGCUGCACGUUUGUCUGCUCGUGGAUCUAUUAACAAUGUUGCUGGCGCCAGUGAUUUGACGAGCCAUACUCCCAAUUUUGGCCGAGAGUCCUUGAUUUUGCCGCCACAGCAGUCUCAGAGCCAAUUUAAUGCCAAAGGAGGUGGUUCUCUAGCUGAAACUAGAAGCUUUUUAACUGGUGGUGAGCAAAAGCCCCUAGUUGGAAAUUUCUCAAAUAUUGAUUGGAAGGCUGGGGGGCCUGCUGGUGUUGUUUCAACCUUUAGUUCCACCUACGACUCUCUAGCUCCUGAUAUUCGAUCAGGUGAUGCUGCUUUAAGGAAAACAUGGAAUCCUACAAAUUUUCAGAACUCUCAGAUUUUGCCAUCACACUCUAGUCUUCCUCAACAAAUGCAAUUUAGAGGUCAAUUUGGUAUGAAGAAUGCUUCCAAUAUUGCUGAUCAAGUUCAUUCUGAGCCUGGUAGCAGUAGAAGCAUGCCACAGGUGAACUUGCCCCAAAUUUCUAGUAUUCGUCCUGGAAUGGUUCCUGUAAAUUUGCAUGCUGCAACACAGCCAAACUUUUUAAUAGCUCGGGAGUCCAGACAAAAUUUACACUUGCCUUAUUCAGUGCCUGGUUCAUCAAAUACAAUGGCACCACCUUUGAACUAUGGAUACUUAGCUCAAGGGCAGGGUCCUACUGGCACGGCUCCACUUAAUUUAGUUCCGGGGAUGCAAUCCUCCUUGCCAAUCUUAAAUGGCCCUAAUAUGUCAUUUCAAGUACCUGGGGCAACCUUACAGCCUCCACCGAGGGGUCCUCUUCCAGGAACAACUCAGGCAUUACCUUUAGGUCAAAAUAAUGGGCAAGUUGCUCCUAAUGCCUCCGAGAGGAAUGGGCUUUCAGGGUUAAUUUCUUCUUUAAUGGUCCAAGGUUUAAUAUCUUUACCAAAGCAGGAUUCUGUUGGAGUGGAGUUUGAUCAAGACAGUCUUAAGGUGCGUCAUGAAAGUGCAAUUACAUCUUUAUAUGCUGAUCUUCCAAGGCAAUGCAAAACUUGUGGCCAUCGAUUUAAAGACCAAGAAGAGCACAGCAAGCAUAUGGAUUGGCAUGUAAACAAGAACCGGACACUAAAAAACCGCAAGACAAAACCUUCUCCAAAGUGGUUUGUGAGUGUUAACAUGUGGCUUAGUGGCACAGAAGCCUUGGGAACUGAAUCAGCUCCAGGUUUUUUGCCCAUUGAGAAUACUGUGGAAAAUGAGGAGGAUGAAGAAAUGGCUGUUCCUGCUGAUGAUAGUCAGAAGGCUUGCGCACUAUGUGGAGAGCCCUUUGAUGAUUUCUAUAGUGACGAGAUGGAAGAAUGGAUGUAUAGGGGAGCCGUAUACAUGUAUGCACCAGCUGGGUUAACAGUUGGAAUGGACACAUCGCAAUUAGGUCCUAUAGUGCAUGCUAAAUGUAGGUCUGAUUCACAUGGGGUUUCAUCGGAAGAUUACAAGAAGGAUGAAACGGAAUCAAUUGAAGAAGGUAGUAAAAGGAAAAAACUGCGGAGUUAACAUUCUUAAGAUUGGCUUGCAGGUCACAUGUAACUUCACUUUGAGUUAUUAAUUUUAUUUCAUUUUUCUAUAUAUCUUGUAGCCUGCCAGAAAAUGUGUACAUGAGUAGUGGACUUGUUUUAUUCAGUCUUGUGGAAAAGAAAAAAGAGUUGAGCAGACA